AUGCUUGUCCUCGAUGCUCGAUUCACUCUUCUUGCUGCUCUCAGUAGCCUCGCAAUUCAGUCGUUUUCGCCCCUUUCUGCUGCCUCUGCGGCCGCUAUUGCGCGCGCUCCCUCUCCCGACGCUGGCUCUCCUCCAGCGCAGAACUUCUUUCCGUAUAUUGGCUCGUCAACGCACGAGGUGAGGAUGGCUCAUAGCCUCAACGCUUUCAGUCCCCUCGUGCGGAUCGCUGAUGUCGUGUUCGCCUAUGCCACACAGCACCAGGACGCCAGUACCAGGAAAAGCCACGCUAGGAGGCGCACGAACAAGUCGAUCGUUAUUCCCAAUAAUCGUGGCAGCGACUAUGUCAUUUCGCAUCGGCGAGCGCCGCCACCUCUGUGGGCCGCGUCACAAUCAAACAGGACUGGUACCCCCGGUACCGUCGGUAUAAUGAGUUCCACGCCCGGUUCACUAGAGGACAAGUACGACGGUUAUCUUGUCCUCGCCAACGAGAAUGGCACUUACAUCCUUAACGCCUCCGACACGAACAAAACUCAACUAUACCUCGUUGACGUCUCGUCUUCUACGCCAACAAACUCCAGCACUGGCACCCAGAAUAGCAACAGGGAUAUCAAGCUGUGCAUCUCCUUCACGGACUCCCAGCUGUUUUGCGCGACGUACAACCCCAACCCACUCAAGGCCGAGCCUCUGACGAUGCAGCAGUGGUUCGACCCAGCCAGCGCGACUGCCAGCCAGCUCUUCAAGUAUGACCCGGGCACUAGUAUCGUUCGCCCCAUGUGGUACUCUGGGAAGGGUGACAGCAAGUCAGAUAGCACCAACGCGUCGGACAUAUCGGGUUCGAGCUCGACCUCGAUAUCGCAGGACCCAACGGCCACUGCGGCCUCGGCUAGCGAAAGUGCGUCAGCGACCGGCAGCAGCGCGGAUUCCUCCUCGACUCCGGCAUCACUGGACUCACGAGACGACGCUGCUGGUACCCAACCUGCGCGGAACGUUACGCUGGUCUUCAUCUCCACUCAGCGCCAGGCGAAAGCCGCAGAUGUCGAUACGAGCGAGUCGACUUGCAGCGCGGUCACGACGACGACCACGAUGACAGUGUACGCUUCGUCUACCUCUUCAUUCAAUCCAGCUUCGGUCACUGCCUCGGUCACCGAUAGUGCUUCUUCGACGGACCCUGCUGCGACUGGCCUGAACGUCGAGGUCGUUGGUGGUGGAAUCUCGUCAGCUGCCCCUGCGUCUGCGUCUGAGUCUGCUUCCGCUUCAAUGGAGAUGGUCCUCCAAUCUUCCUCGACUGCAGACGACACUACCACUGCGGUCAGCACCUCGUCCGCCGAUCCCAGUACAAGCACCUCCGCGUCGUCGUCGUCGUCGUCGAUAGACGCCGCAGCCUUAGCCUCUGAGAUCGCAUCCUCCGUGUCCGCAUCUGCCUCUGCCAGCGUCAGCACAUCCGCGUCAGCUUCCUAUUCCGCCACCGCCGCAGCAGAUUCUGCUGUGCCCACAUCCUCUUCGUCGGGCUCGGCCUAUGCUAGCUCGACCUCCAGCGCUGACCCGGGCACCGGGACAUACGUGGCGGCUGUUAUGGGAAGAGAGGCUGCCCCGGCGCCCGUUAUGACGCCUUACUCCUGGAAGUUCAAGCGGGAGGAGCGUUGA